AUGGCUGUACAUCAACACCAAGCACUCGACUCCAAAGAUACGGCAAGCAGAGCUAUCACGCGGGCAUAUUCGCAGACAUACCAGACUUAUCAGUACCAUUUGGUGGUAGUGGCAUUUAUUGCGUCUUUGUACGGACUCUACUACCAGAUUUCGGGUAUCUAUCGCGAGUAUGCUAGCAGGCAUAGUAAACACCAUCAUCAACACGAUAUGUACUUCUCCUCUUCUAUCACUCCUCCAAAUGCCACGGAACUGCCAGCAUCAUCUCAAUCGAACUACACGAAGUCCGUAUUCCUACCCUACGUCCACCAAUUCAGAACCGAGAGCGUGCCCUUGGUUUGGGUAACUGUUCACACUGGAGAGAAGGAUGUACUCAUUGAUAUGCCCAUCGAUACGGGUUCGACAGGCCUAUUGAUCGGCGCGCCGCUACUCCCAGGUAUCGAUCGCAAUGCUGGAACGCGCGGUUGCCAAUACCUCUCCAGCAGCAGGAUCGUGUACGUGGGGCGGUACCUGGAUCUCAAUCUGACAUUCCACGGAGUCAAGGGCGUGACGGCCGAGACGAGGGUGCCAGUGCUGAUUGUCGACAAGAGCUGGGUAUGUCCGUGGUAUGAUCCGACGAAGCAUGGUUUUGAGUGCCCAUUAGGGCCCGAGGGCGAGGAGCCGAUGGAACGUGACGUGAGCAGGAUCACGUAUAUGGGGGUGGGAUUCGGUCGGAAUAAGAACGCUGUAGGACAGCGCACCGCCACCUCGUGGGGUAAUCCCUUCUUGAAUAUCGACUCGAUCAAUGGGACUCGACUGGGGCCACAGGAGUUGAAGGCAGGCUAUAUCGUCUCAACGAAGGGGAUACAGCUCGGUCUGACGAGAGAAAACACACAAGAGUUUAAUUUCAUGGUGUUGGGGCCAGGUGUAACGCAUGCGGUAGACCCACGAGAUUGGGCGAUGCCCCUUAUGCAAUUCCGAGUGAAUGGGCGUGAGAGCAUUCCUGGCAGUGCUCUGAUUGACACCGGAAUUCCGCAGAUGUAUAUAAGAGCGGAGGAUAGCAUGCCGCUUCCUGAGGUCAUCAUCAAGAACCCGAAGGAAGGGGGUUCGCCGACAGUUCAUCGCGUGAAGAACGGCACUCGGAUCGCCAUCGACUUCGGCUCAUCUGUAAAAGGAGAGCUUGGCGAGACGAAAGCAUCGUACUCAUUUGAGGUCGGGCAAAGCUCAUUGAUGGCGCCUUCCUACGUCGUGCCGGGAAAGCAAGAGCCCCCGCCAUACGUGAACACCGGGCGCAACUUCCUCAAAGGCUACUCAAUUGCCUUUGACGCGGUGGAUGGUCGCUUGGGAUUCCGUCCUGUGCAGACAAUUCAGUCCAUGAUUUGA